UGACGGGGGCGGAAGUGGCCGGCCGAUCUGAAAAGAGUGGCGGGAGUCUCCCACUUUCUCUCCAAUUUCCCGGGAGCUGUCUCCGGGACGCGGCGUAGAGGUGUUUCGCGACCCGCGGGCGCGGGUGUUGGCACCGGGAGCAUCCCCGGGAGCCGAAUGCGCCGUGGACCAUGCCCCUCCUAACCCAGCCGAUCCCAGAUGAGAGUGAUUACAGCUUAGUGGCCAGCCUUGACAACGUCAGGAAUCUCUCCACUAUCUUGAAGGCCAUUCAUUUCCGAGAACAUGCCACGUGUUUCGCUACUAAGAAUGGAAUCAAGGUGACAGUGGAAAACGCAAAAUGUGUGCAAGCAAAUGCUUUUAUUCAGGCUGGAAUAUUUCAAGAAUUUACAGUUCAAGAAGAGUCUGUUACUUUUCGAAUUAAUUUAACCGUCCUCUUAGACUGUUUAUCUAUUUUUGGAUCAAGUCCUACUCCAGGGACUUUAACUGCACUUCGGAUGUGUUACCAAGGCUACGGUUACCCUUUGAUGCUAUUUCUGGAAGAAGGUGGAGUGGUGACAGUCUGUAAAAUCAAUACACAGGAGCCUGAGGAGACCCUGGACUUUGAUUUCUGCAGCACCAAUGUUAUUAAUAAAAUUAUUCUGCAGUCAGAGGGGCUCCGUGAAGCAUUUUCCGAAUUGGAUAUGACGAGCGAGGUCCUACAGAUCACCAUGUCUCCAGAUAAGCCUUAUUUCAGGUUAUCUACUUUUGGGAAUGCAGGAAGCUCACACCUUGACUAUCCCAAAGAUUCUGAUUUGAUGGAAUCAUUUCAGUGUACUCAGACCCAGGUCAACAGAUACAAGAUUUCUUUACUGAAGCCCUCUACAAAGGCAUUAGUCCUGUCUUGUAAGGUGUCUAUUCGGACAGAUAACCGAGGAUUCCUCUCAUUACAGUAUAUGAUUAGAAAUGAAGACGGACAGAUAUGUUUUGUGGAAUAUUACUGCUGUCCUGACGAAGAAGUUCCUGAGUCUGAGUCUUAAGUCUGGCCGUUCCGUGUGUGUGUUUACGUACACGUUCCUGAUAGGUCGUGUUCCUGCUCUGAGUGUGGUGCUCUUCAUGAUUUCUUACUGGAUUUUCUAAGGCAAAGAAGCCUGGAAGAGACUGGAGCAAAGUCCCUGUCCCCUAAUAGUUGUAUUUUGUAAGUAAUGUUUUCAUGUGGUCACAGGUUUAUCCAGUCCUGGACUGCCCUGUGGUUCUGUCUUUUGAACUCAUGGGAAUCAUUAAGGGCCAAGAUGAGUAAGUUUUAUGUUUUAUUCUAUUUAAAUUGGACCUUCCAAGAGUCUAAAAAUUUAAAGUUUGAUGAAGCUAUAUCUGAAAUGUUUUUAUUUAUUUACUAUUAGAGAAAGCAAUGGCAAAGGGGCAUUGCUUAUUAGUUGGAAUUCUAGAGUAUCUAUCUUAGGGCAGUGGUUCUCAAAGUGCCUAGAUCACCUGGAAACUUGUCAGGAUCUCUGGGGGCAGGCCAGCAAUCUAUAGUUUAAAAAACUUCCCUCCUGGAGAUUCUGAUGGAUGCUAAAGUUUGAGAACCACUGUUUUAAAGAAUCCGUUUUUAAGAAUAGCAUUUAAUUGCAUUGAAGUGACUACUUUUACAUGUGAUUUCUUCACAAAUGUUAGGAAACUUAGGCAUCACCAAACAAGUCUGGAUAAUUAUAUGAUUUAUUUUUGAAGUGUAUAUUUUGAAGACAUCUAUGUACAAGAUAUAAAAUAGUCUUCAGAGUUAGAUUUUCAUCUUGUUCUGAAAACUGUUCAGUGUAGUAAAUACUUAUUAGAUACCUUCUGUUUGCCUAUAGAAGUUUCUCAACCAAACUAAGGUGUACAAAACCAGUUACUGUUUUUACACUUUCUUGGAUAGUUUUCAAUGAAAUAAUGUUUGUGGUGUGCAGGUAUUUGAUAAAAUAUAAUGCUAAAAUUA